AGCCGGUGGUCCCUCUGGCGGUGUCUCUCCCAAGCGGGAGAGGUCCGUCGGGUGUGCUGGAGAGAUAUACGCUCCGGGAUAUGUUACGUAUCGCGCCGCGUUGGGGUUAACCGUGAUUCUGCCGUGCAUCGCCCUCGUCGAGGAGGGAGAGGAGUGGCAAGAGGAGAAGGAAGAUCUUAUGAUGCGUCCAGUCGUCGGUUUCUGAAAAACACGACCAACACGAUGACUGGAGACGGACUGCGAUCGUCGUAAUACAAUUUUAUCUACAUCGGGAGUAAGAUCUGCCUUUUCCUCCAUUAUGCUGGUUUUGAGAGUAUUCACCUCAAUUGGAAAUCGCUCAAUCUCAGUAGAUAUACUCGUCAAUCGUGGACGAAUCCCGGAUAUAUUUUUUGCAAAGGCCUGAAAACAAAAUGAUACUAAUAGAUUAGCGAUGUGCCUUUAUCUUCGGUAUUUCAAUUUUACUAUGACAGGAACGUCUUGACACAUUUUGAAGGAAAGAGCGUAUGUGAUAAAUAUAAAUUUGUCAACAGUGCAGCUAUACAUAUACUGAAAGAUGGAUAGCUCCGAAUAUGAAAUGGUCAGAAACAUGACCCUCCUCUUCUUCUUUGAACGACUGAUGGACAAGGGCGGUCCGCGUACGUUGCACGACCUGAGCUGCCAGUUCGGGGCUAAGGGAUUCACGAAGGAGAUGCGUCAGAUAGCGGGAGGAUCGCAAAGUGGCCUUAAGAAAUUUCUAGCGCAGUAUCCGGCACUGUUCCUCAUCGACGGCGAGUACGUGUCCGUCAACACGUUUCAGCCGGUCGUGGAGGAGGAGAGCGGGAGUAAAUCGGGUAAGCGCGACUACGCCCGCGAGGCCGUGGAAUACUUCACGAACAAGCUGUUGCAAUACGGGGUGGGCACCGAGGUGCCGAUCAAGAGCCUCCUGGGUCAUCGGUCGCAAGCCUCGCCGGAGGUCAGGCACAUAUCCGGUCAGCACUACAAGGAAUUUCGUGAUUUUCUCCUAAAGUACCCCGACGCGUUCGUGAUCAGCGAGGAUAACGUAGUAUUGAAGCAAUACGAAGGCAUGAAGCCGGAGCCCUUUCGCGAACUGGAGCCAGAUAUCCCGAUAGAUCCGGACGUGACGGCGAAGCUGUUGGACUUUUUCUGCGUGUGCAUCGAGCAGAAGGGCCCGAUUCUCAUAGAUCAGCUGUUCAGCAUGGUCGACGAGAAGUUCUCCCACGAGAGCUGGACGAGCAUAUUCAAGACGCCGCAGGAUCUGUCGACCUUCAUAAAGAUGUUCCCGGACGCUUUUCACGUGCAGACGAAUCUGGUGACGUUGAUAGGCCGGCCUAAAUCUUCCGUGAUGGAACCCGCGGCCGCGAAAACGAAGACCUCGACGAGCGGUGGUCAGCGUAAUCAGAGCAACAGCGUGGCUCACACAAACAACGUAGUGCCGAUCGUCCCGCCGAGCAAGAUCCAGCUCUCUCAGCCGCCUUCAGACCGACCGGAAAACAACGCGACAUCGCAACCUAAUUCGCUGCAGAACGCAGGCAACACGUCGCCCGCCGUUGAAAGCAAUAAUAAUUCGCCGCCCGUGAGUUUGCAGCAGCAGUCUCUGAAGCAGAGAUUCAAUACAAUUGUUAUGAGAACUCUGGCGGAUAACACAGAACGCGAUCGCAGUCUGCAGACCGCCCAGAUGGGCGACGCGUGGAAACUGAAGGUGCUCCAGCAGACCAGGGUGAUAGCGACCUCGCGGGAGGGUCUUCAAGUUAUAGAGGACAUAAUAAAUCCUCGUAAGCCACCCCCUGACGGCAAGGUGGUCGUCUCCUUCGAUUGCGAGGGCAUAAAUCUUGGUGUCAAGGGACAGCUGACUCUUGUGCAAAUCGGUACAAUGAGCGGCCAAGCGUAUGUGUUCGAUUUGGUCACGUGCCCGGGCCUCGUUCAAGCUGGAGGCCUCCAGAAGCUGCUGGAACAUCCUAAUGUUGUUAAGGUGAUUCACGAUUGUAGAAAUGACAGUGUCAAUUUAUACAAUCAAUUUAAGAUAACUUUAACGAAAGUUUUUGACACGCAGGCUGCGCACGCAGUGCUUCAGUUUCAAGAAACCGGGAAGCCUGUGUACAAAGUUAAAAACGUCAAUCUGAACACUUUGUGCGAUCACUAUGGUGCUCCGUGUAAUCCGCUGAAGGAACAAUUGAAAAAUAUUUAUCGUAAGGAUCAACGUUACUGGUCUCGGCGACCGAUGACUCGCGACAUGCUGAUUUACGCGAGCAGCGACGUUUUGAGCCUUGUACCUCAAGUUUAUAACGCUAUGUCUAAACUUAUAAAGCCGGAAAUGCAAGGUCUUUUUGCUGAGCUGUGCGAGGAACAGAUUCAGAUGCACAUAAAACCGUCGGACGUGAAAGCGCGUAAGAAGCAGCGGAAGGUCGAGACCGAGGUGGCGGAUCUGAAAAAGCGAAUGGAAGAAGCUACGUGUAAAAAUAUCGUACUGAGUAAUCGUGAAAUUCGGCUUCUUCGCUACUUGGAUCUUACCGAAGACGAGAAGGAAAAGCUCAAGGGAAGUUAUAAAGUUGCUAGAAAAUUGGAGAAGCUGGAGAAUAUGGGCCAGGAUAAGGCCGAUAGCAGCGACGACGACGACGAGGAUAAAACGGACGAUCAUGAGUAUCAGAGCUUGGAGAGCUACACAUCGGAAAAUUCUCACUCUGGUGGCAUAUUGUCGCCACGGAACGCCGACACUCCAAGUCUGACCGAGUCGAUGCAAAUGAUGGACGAAAUACUUUCGGACGGUCGGAUGGACAAGCUGGAGAAGAUUGAGAAACUGGAAGCCAUACUGUCAGCUGUUACUAGCUCCGCGACCGAUCAGCUUUCCGCCAACAAUGCGGACGCGUCGCCUAUCAAGUGCGUCUGCAUGUGUCAGGACGAGAAGACCGACAGUCCGCGGACGGAUCGCCAGGCUGCUGGAAUUAGUGUGGCUUGCCAAACGCUUAGCACAGGUGAUAUAGUAUUUACUAGAGUCUUUGUCAGCGAAGAGGAAAAAGAGAGAGUAAGAUUAUUGAAUUCGCCAAAAAAGUAGGUAUUACAGCUGCUGUGAAAGUAGUAGAAAAGUUGCCAUUUAUAGGUUUUUUUAUAAAAAAAAAAAAAAAGAAACGGAACGCGAUUUCAUAAAAGAAUUAAGUAGUUGAAAUUUAUCUAUUUUAUGUAAUAUAUAACAAGAUUUACAGAGAACUGGCGAAACUCACAGUUUUCUCUGACUUGUCUGCUCCUUUAAAAUAAAAAAAAGUGUCUUAAAUGGAUAGGCCUUGUUAUACAUGCCUUUCCUGAUCUGACGGUGUAAUGAUCAGAUUUUUGGAAAAAGGUUAUUGAUUUUAAUAUGAGGAUAUCAUACAUUUAUUAUUCGCUUGAAGAUUAUCUUUCUUUUACGAAAGAUCAUUUCAUUUAAGAAAGAUCGAAUCGUUUAACAAAAGUAGUAGUAACAAGAUACAAGCACGAACAAGGUUUUAAUAGCCGCAAAUUUUGUGAUUUUUAACAUACGACCUGCGGCUCUUUACGUUUGAGUCUGGAUUAUGUUGCUAAAGAUUUCUUUUAAAACGUUGUCUUUUUUAUCUAGACAAAAAAUGUAUACAUAUGUACAAAUAACGACAGAGGAGAAUCAUGCUGUUUAUAAAAUUAAGGGUAACGAUUGUUGACGCUUUUAAAUAGCGUUGCGAAAUUAACAGAAUGCAUAUCUCAUAUGCUUGCGAAACACCUUUUUAUGUGAAGUACUGCAUUAAAAUCGCUAAUUUUUGAGUUUCGUAUGGCGUAGUUUUGUGUCACUUGUCGGAAGGGACGAAUUACCGGCAGUAAUAGAGCAUAACAGCGGCUACAAAUAAACGCUUUUUUCCUACAGGAUUUAAGCUUAUUGCACGUGAAGUAGACUUUAUAUGCAGACCUCUUCCUUACAUCGAUUACAGAUACAACUUAUUUUCGUAUAUAGCUAUACAAGUGCCAAUUUAAUAUAGAAUAUGUACAAUAAACGGAUUAAUACAUUUUAUAUUUCUAUUUAAUUACCGUGCUUGAUGAAUAAUUAUGUUCGCACUUCCAAUGAACGAUUAAUAAUCUGAUAGUAUUAAAUAAGGUAAAACGCAUCAUGUAUUCGUGCCGCAUAGAUCUGCAUUUAUACUCUUCUAAUAACAUAUCAUUAAUAAGUAAAACUGCCAGAGCGGGGGAAGUGACGAUUUUAAGAGACCUAAAAUAAAUCAUUGUUGUAAAUUGUCAGUGUUUUUAGUGCAAUACUUUACACGCGUGGACAGAUAAUUAUACAUUUAAUAUAUCAAUCAUGUAAUUCUUUUUUUUUAACAUUAAAAGUGUACUGUGAUGAUAUAUAACCGAAAGACAAAUUAUGUAAGCGAAUCAUUGACACAUUCUCAUUUAUUAUCAAUCGAGAGGCUCAACUAGUAUCAAAUUGUUCGUCUGUCUCGUAUAUACUAUUCAUAAAGUACACUAGAAGCUAUUAUGGUGUAUAUAUAUAUACACACGUUUCUUUGAUCUAAUCAAAACGCCGACUACUAGCAAUAUUUUUUAUAAAAUUCUUGAGAAUGUGAGACAAGUACAUCAGGUGUUGUCAAGUAUUUUCACGUAGACGUUUGAUUAUUAUGUUUCGUUAUGUAGAAUUAGAAUGGAAAAUGAUAAGAAGAUGAUACUUAUGUGGAGGCAUCCUUCUCGCCGGAUGAUGCGUAACUGCGUUGUUACUAGAAAGUGCAAUUUAGUUCAUCGCAGAAAUACAAUUCGGUACUCGAAUUAUUAUUCCGACGGUUAUUUGCGUGCGUUUAUCAGAUCGGAAUAAUUUUGCACGCGCGGUGUUUGCUGAACGCGAAUAUUCCUCGAUAUACGAAAAUUCUAUUUGUGAGAUAUUCUUGCGAUCUAUACAUAAAUUAUAUUUAGGACGAAAAUUCAACGAGAAAUUAUCUCUUGUGAGAAUAUAAAACAAUCAUGCAUCCUUAGGCUUGGGUUUAAUUUUUAUUCAUGUUACGGUCUCUUUUAGAUACCUUCUUCUUAAUUCUCUAAUAUAUGCUAUAAUACAAAUUUUUAUAAAUAUAUAAUAUCAAUUAUAUAUUUAUAAAUUUUACACGCGUAUACAAAUUUCUCUAUAUAUUGAUAAUCAUCCAUUAUUUUUAUCCCUUGUACUCAUAUAUUGACUUUGGGAUAACUGCCUAUGGGAUUAUUACGAAUUUUAAUCAAAUUAAUUCUUGUUAACUUAAAUUAUUAAUGAUUUGUUAAUCGUGGAUUCAAUAAAUAUGAAAAAUUAUACAUUACUUUUAUUUUUAGGAAAUUAAUGAUACAAUGAACUCAUGAGUUCAUAAACGAGAUGAAUGCUAAGGAUUAACAAAAAAAAUUGUACAGUAUUUGGUUGAUAAUAAUAUAGUUUGCAGAUUUAUUGAUUGGCUCGCUGCUUGAUAAUCACACCCUGAUUUUCAGAAAAGAAAAUAUCUUAAUGCCAUUUUCUUUAUUUAUUAAUGUACAUUUUUCUUUUCUAAUUAUCUGGGUGAUUCCGGGGUCUCGACUUUUACCAGCGAUAUUGUUAAAUAGACUACAAAGAUAUCAUGUGAAUUAUUUUAUAACGCAUUUAUUACAUAUUCAAGGCAAAUAGUAAUUAUACUAAAAAAGAAGAAACAUCACAAAAAUAUUUAUACGAAAGAAUGCUGAUCCAUAUAAUUAUUAACAAUGACUAAUUCGUUGCAUACAAAUGCGAAAUAAAGUCUAAAACGGAUAUACGUAAUAAAGAAUUACAAAAAAAUAUUACAAAAAAAAGA